AUGGGGCAAAAGGGCGACGCAAAACGUGGAAAAUGUAGGAGUAUCGUGGCGAAAUUUACGGAGUACAAAGAGAAAGAGUUAACUAGAAAGCAAUGGAAAUCGUUACAAGGGACGGAAUUUUCAGUUCACGAGCAGUUACCAAGGGAAAUAGUUGAAGUACGGAAAAAAUUAUUACCAAAAUUGAAGCAGGCCAAAAAGGACUGGAAAAGGGCGUGGUUUUCUUAUGAUAAGUUAUACAUCGAUGGGGAGCAGGUUAAAGUUGACAGAACAGGUUUCAAUUACACUGGUAGCUUUGCUCUAAACCAAGAACAGCUUGUUGGGAAAGCUUUAAAAGCAUUGAAUGUUCUGUUAAGUAAAUGUCGUAAAUAUAAAUUGAAACCUAAUGUACUUUGUCAACUGUUUAAUUCCUUUGUUGGAUCGAUAUUAGGAUACUCCUCUGAAGUUUGGGGCUUUAGUAAAUCUAAAGAAAUAGAAAGGAUACAUUUAAAAGAUAGAUUUGCUGAUAGUGAAAAAGAGGCAGAAGUAACGGAGAGGACAGAGGUCAGAGAGAGACAAAGGAAUAAAUCUGCGACAGACUCAGAAGAGUAUCAAAACCGAAUGGAGGCUGAGUGUUUCCGGCACGAGGAUGAGGAGGAGGCACAACAGACAAAGAAAAUGAACGAGGAUUUCAAUAUACAAGACGCAGAGAGAUUACAUCAGAAAACUGAAGAAUAUGAUGCAGAAGGAUCCUCAGCGAUUGUUGAAACAGAUGAUGAUAUUGAAAUAGGGAUAGAGGAAACAAAUCUGUUUUGUCAAGAGCAGGCAAAUACGGUAGAUACGGAGGGACAAACGGAUGAAACUGUUACAGGCUCAGAUGAGUAUAUCGAAGAUGAAUGUUUAAUGUCGGACGAAGAUAUCUCUGGGUACAAAUUUGCAGAAUUCGCAGCAAAAUUCUUUCAAGGAAAUGCUACACAUACGUACAUUAGACGUCACAUCACAACUUCAUUGUUACAUUUGAAUUCUGAAAAUGAUCAUUCAGCAGCCCUGGCAGUUUGGAUAACAAUCCUGAGGUUUAUGGGAGAUUUACCGGAACCAAACGUUUGUGCCGGAGUUAAAGAGUCUGUGGACACUACCCCUGUAAUGACCAAAGUUUACUCUAGCUUAGGGAAAAAAGUUUACAAAAAGGAUUCAGAAGGAGAACAACGGCGUACGGAUAUAGAAAUAGAAAAUGAACCAACAGCUAUGUUUCGUAGCAGCGGAAAACGUAGCUUACUACAAAAACUUGUUUCACUGACACGGAAGAAAGACUUUAAAAUUACAGAAGAAGUUAAGAAUCAAAUGGACUCCGAUAACGUGUCUGGCCACAAUGUACUUCUAGAAGAAAGACCAACCACAAACUUUGAAAAAUUGCAUUUCAUUAUUGGUCAUGGAAUUUUGCGACCUGCGUUAAGGGAUGAGAUAUAUUGUCAGAUCACUAAACAGCUUACCCAGAAUCAUUCACGAUCGUCCCACGCUAGAGGCUGGAUCCUGCUGGCUCUGUGUGUAGGAUGCUUCCCACCUUCAGAUAAAUUCGUUAAAUACCUGAGGAACUUUAUUAGUGAGGGACCACCAGGUUACGCCCCUUACUGCGAGGAGAGACUGAGGCGUACAUAUGCCAACGGCACUCGUAACCAGCCACCAUCAUGGCUCGAAUUUCAAGCAACAAAAUCCAAGAGACCGUUAAUGCUGCCAGUUACAUUUAUGGAUGGAAACACAAAGACGUUACUUGCUGACUCAGCAACAACAGCGAGAGAACUUUGUCAACAACUGCCAGAUAAGAUCGGCCUCAAGGAUCAGUUUGGAUUCUCCCUAUACAUUGCUCUUUUUGACAAGGUGUCGAGCCUGGGUAGUGGAGGUGAUCAUGUUAUGGACGUUAUAUCUCAGUGUGAACAAUACGCAAAAGAGCAUGGAGCUCAGGAAAGGAAUGCACCAUGGAGGCUGUUCUUCAGAAAGGAAAUAUUUACUCCCUGGCAUGAUCCAAGUGAGGACUCCACAGCAACAAACCUUGUAUAUCAACAAGUGGUACGAGGUAUCAAGUUUGGAGAAUAUAGGUGUGAUAAGGACGAUGAUUUAGCGAUGAUUGCUGCCCAACAGUACUACAUUGACUAUGGAUCCAACUUGAGCACGGAACGCUUACAGAGUCUUCUCCCCUCGUACAUUCCCGACAGCCUCCUCGCCAAACCUAAUGCCCUGUCAUACUGGAUGCAGCAGGUCAAUGCCAAAAUCCGUGGCCCCUACUUUGCCAAUGAUAGAAUUAAGGGACUUAAGGUUAAAGAAGACAUUGUGAGCUAUGCAAAAUAUAAAUGGCCACUACUGUUCUCAAGAUUCUAUGAAGCGUACAAAUUUGCCGGACCGAGUCUGCCAACGAAUGAUGCUAUUAUAGCUGUGAACUGGACCGGUGUCUAUGUUGUGAGUGAUCAAGAACAAGUUCUGCUGGAGUUGUCUUUCCCUGAAAUCACGUCUGUCUCAAGCAGCAGGUAAACAAUUAUUAUCAUAU